AUGACAGUCCACUGUCGAACUCACAUGGAAGAAAAACCGUACUCGUGUGAGGUUUGCAAAAGAGCGUUCACUCAAAUCAAUAAUCUAACACUACAUCGGUGGAUACACUCGCAAGAUAAGCCAUACUCGAGUGACGUGUACGACAAACCGUUCACUCAUAGAAUGUUUAGCCUGAAAGUGCAUCGGAAUACGGGCACAGGAGAGAAACCGCACCAUUGUGAUGAGUGUAACAAGUCGUUCAGUCAAAGGUGUAGUCUGAUAUUACAUCAGCGGACGCACACGGGAGAGAAGCCGUAUACGUGUGAUUUUUGUAAAAAAUCGUUCUCUCAACAAGUCACCGUGACAGUACAUCAGCGGACGCACACGGGAGAGAAGCCAUACAAGUGUGAUGUCUGUGACAUGUCGUUCUCUCAAAAAGUCAGUCUGACACCACAUCGGCGGACGCACACGGGAGAGAAGAUAUUCACGUGUGAUGGUUGUGACAAAUCGUUCUCUCAAAGUUUCAAUCUGAUGACACAUCAGCGGACGCACACGGGAGAGAAGCCAUACAAGUGUGAUGUCUGUGGCGUAUCGUUCUCUCAAAGUGUCAAUCUGACAACGCAUCGGCGGACGCACACGGAAGAGAAGGCAUUUCUGUGUGACGUGUGUGGAAAAUCGUUCACAUUUAGAAAUAAUAUGACAGUGCACCGGCGGACGCACACGAGAUAG